GUAGCAAUCCGUCCUCUUCUCUCUCUCUCUCCAUCUUUCUCGCUCGCUCUUUCUUUCUUGAGACAUCCAUUUACAUCUGCAAGCCAAAAAGAUCGGCGACGAGACGCCGAUCUCAAGAAGGUUUGCUCUUGGUUCUCCGGCCAUGCAUGCCCGAGUGCUCGGAGGAAGGAAGCAGAUGGCCAGAACCAAGAGGGUUGGUGGUGCAACCGUAAGAUGGACCGGGAAGCCAUUGAUCUCGAAGAAGAGAACCGCACGAAGCAGAAAGGCCAUGAGCUGCAUCGAAAGGAAGCUCGAGGUGCUGCAGGAGCUGGUGCCCAACGGCCCCUCCGUGCAGGAGCUCGACGGGCUCUUCCGUGAGGCUGCCAACUACAUCGUGAGCCUGCAGGUGCAGGUGAAGGUGAUGCAGAUCCUGCUCGAUGAACUGUCGCCGAAGGUUUCCGAUAACUAGUCGAUCCUCCUCCUCCUCCUCCUCCUCCUCCUCCUCCUCCUCCUCCUGCUGCUGUAAAUUUGCAGUGGCAGUGGCGAAGAGUAUCACGCUGUGAGCUCAAUGAUUCCUUUUUUUGGGGAAUGUAAUUAGACGUUCGUCGAUACAUGUCUUCCAAUUAAAUCGUGGACUGUUGCGUAUAGAAUGAGAGUUGGCUGUGCUCUGGUCAUGUAUUCUUUGGAUUCCAGUUGGGAAAGCAUGAGAAAAGAUCUAAGAGUUCUAUGUUUUCUUA